AUGCCUAGGGGCAGGGACCCUCUUGUUGUGGGAAGAGUCAUAGGUGAUGUUUUGGACCCUUUUACAAGGUCUGUUUCUCUCAGGGUGGCUUACACUACCAAGGAGGUCAACAAUGGCUGUGAGCUCAAACCAUCCCAAGUCGUCAGCCAGCCUCGAGUUGACAUAGGAGGGGAGGAUCUUAGGACCUUCUACACUCUGGUCAUGGUGGAUCCUGAUGCACCCAGCCCAAGUGACCCCAACCUGAAAGAAUAUUUGCAUUGGUUAGUCACUGAUAUCCCAGCAACAACUGGGGCAAGUUUCGGCCAAGAGAUGGUGUGUUAUGAAAGUCCACGGCCAACAAUGGGGAUUCAUCGCUUUCUUUUUGUGUUGUUUCGGCAACUGGGAAGGCAAACUGUGUAUGCUCCGGGAUGGCGCCAAAACUUUAACACCAGAGACUUUGCCGAGCUCUACAAUCUUGGAUCACCGGUGGCUGCGGUCUACUUUAACUGCCAAAGAGAAAGAGGCUCCGGCGGAAGGAGAAUAUAA